AUGUUAGACGGCGGAUUAUUAAACGGAAAUGAGGAACCAAAACGUGUGAAAGCGCCCAUAAGUUUACGUUUUAACUCUAUUAGACUCAACGAUCUAUCCGAUGACUACGGAUUCGGAGACGACCUUGAUCUGUCUGUUGUUGACGAUGAUGUUGUGGUCGAGGAAGCAUUAGAAGCCAACAAUCUACAAAUUGCCGCCGGUGCAAAUCAAAUGUGA